AUGCGUUCAAAUCCAAGUGAAAUUUUAUCAAUAGCCAUGCAUACAAAACUCACGAGAUUCUUCGAAAAUUCACAAAAUUCUUCUGUUGGAAAAAAGGGGCCUAGUACCGUCGAAAAAGAACUUGGCCAAAACGCCACACCAGAGGAUCCUUUAAUAAUAAGCUGUGCUUUACUUGAAAUUGAAAAUCAUAUUAAACAAUAUGGAAAGAGUCUUGAAGACUUUCCUGAAUUACCUGCCAUACAUUAUGAUUUAUUGGAUUGUAAUAGACAAACACAGCUUUUUAUAGAAGAGACAACUUUUCUACAGGACAAAUUGCAGCAGAUUCUUGAAGGUGUUUCUCUACUAAAUGAUAAACAACGUGCAAUAUAUGAUGCUAUGUUAGCUGGAUAA